AAUAAAAAAAUAAAAUCAAAAGCAAUAAAUUAGAUGUAAAAGUAUCUUUUAAUAGCCCUAUUAGCUGCUUCUUUUGUAGCAAUCGUUUCUGCUUAAGCAACUUAAGACCAAGUACUCACCCUAGAAAACUACGAAGCCAUUUUAAAUCAAUGUCUCUAAAAAGUAUAAAAUACCUGUGAUGGAGCUACAAACAAGCUUAGAAAAGAAAAGGACUACAUUUUUGUUGAUAAUAAGCAAAAAUUAUAAAAUAUUAACAAAAAAAAUCAAUAAAGUUUCUAGCAAGUACACACAAACAAUACCUUUAACGGUACAGUUUCAACUAAUUCUACAGUACCAUGCGGCAAUUUUACAAAUUCUACUUCUCCCAUCAAUUCAACUAAUCCCCAUAGCUCCUAUAACAACACUUACACAAAUUAAACUCACCCAACAAAUACAACAAAUCCUAAUUAAAAUAAAACUUAGUGUUAUCCUUCUAAUAACUCAACAAACACAACAAAAUUGAGAAAGUAAAAGGGACACACUUUUGUUAACAACAAGAAUACAUCUGAAAGUAUUGAAGAGCACUUCAAAAAUUUUAGUUUCUAGCAAGUUAAUGUCAAUUCUACUAACAACUGCACAAAUUCUACAUCACCAUGUAAAAACUCAACAAAUACAACUACUCCUACAAACACUACAAGUCCUACAAAUACUACAACUCCAGUAGCUCCUAAGAACAAUACCACACCAACUAAUACUACAAGCCCAACUAAUACCACAACUCCAAAUAAUCCUCCAGUCACCCCUAAGAAUAACACUGCACCAACUAAUAAUACAACUCCAACUAAUCCUACAGUUCCUGUUAAGAAUAAUACCACUACACCAACUAACUCCACAAACACAACUACACCUUCUAAUCCCACUAAUCCCACUAAUCCUACUAAUCCAACAGUUCCUAGUCAACCCACUACUGAUAAUGGAAGCUGCAAAAAGGCUAGAGAUAGUUAUGCUUAAUGCAUUACUAGCAGCUAUGAUCUUGGUUUAUAUUAAAAGUCUAGUUUUUAUGAUGCUGGAUUUUAAGGAUAUGGAAAAUAUCUUGCCACUGCUUCAUAGAAUUGUGAAAACUAAGCUUUAGCAAAUAACUAAUAAUCUGCAUUUGCUAAAAGAUAACUUGACUAAUUUAACGCUUGCUAUGCAAAUAUGGCAGGAGUCUAAACUAGACCUACUACUUCUUAGACUAUCAGUGAAUUUGCCAGAUAUUCUACUGGUUGUAAAUCUAAAUUUGCUUCUGCAUGCGAUUAACCUUGCUUGGCCUCAUAUUCUAAAUUUGAAUAAUGUGUUCAAGCAUGCGAAUCAACUAUCAAGGUUUAUACUGGAUAUGACAUGUAAGGAUAAGUCAAAAAUCAUAUGACAGCAUGUGUUAAAUCAUGUAAUUUAAGCACAUCUAUCUCAAAAGAUAAAAAGGCAGGCCUUGUCUUUAAGUGUAUCGCAGAAAAUUCAUCUCUUGUCGAUCCUAAAAAGGUUUCUUCAUUCAUGCUCUAAUUCUUUGCUUUAUUAUCUUUUGCAUUCCUAUUAUUCUGA